UUUUAUUAAGUACGGCUUGUUUCCGGUAUUUUUUACUGAUGUUUGUUUUAAUUUAAUUCAAUUUUCACAUUUUUGUUUGUAAAUUUAAAGAUGGCGCGCGACAACAGCAGGUCUACGGACGGCGACUACUCGGACAACGACUUCGAUGACGACCAAGAUAUUUCCAUGAGAUUCUUUGCCACAGAUAAAGAAGUGGGCUGCAUCAUUGGAAAGAAAGGUGACAACAUUAAAGCACUUAGAAAUGAGAGUGGGGCAAAGAUACAGAUAUCAGAUGGAUCUCUAUCGGAACGCAUCGUAACGAUUCGUGGCACGGCUUCACAAGUCAUCAGAGCUAUUAAUUUGAUAGGCAUCAAACUCGAGGAGGAUAAUAAUCACUCUAAUUAUUUAGAAGAAGAUGAUUCUUUAUCCUUUCGCCUAAUUGUCCCUAACUCGAAUUGUGGCUCUCUGAUUGGCAGGAAUGGGGCCAACAUCAAAGAGUUAAGAGAGAGGACAGGCUCAAAGAUCCAGGUAGCGAAUGACUUGUUGCCUGACUCAACCGAGCGUGAAGUUGGCCUCUCUGGCUCGAUGUCAGGGGUCAUGGACUGCGUUAAGAAGCUGGCCAAGAUCGCUAUUGAGACAAAACCUCGUAGCCCUCAUGUCCCGUACAAUCCAUCAUAUUCUGGAGGGGGUGGCAGCGGUUACGACGGCUACAGUGGGGGUGUGGGGGCUGGCAGGAAAGGUGCUGGCAGUGGCAGGGGGAGAUUUGAUGGAGGGAAGCAGAACAGUCAUGAUGACGAUUUCAAGAAGGCCUUCAAACAACCACAGCAGCAGCAGCAGCAGCAGGACUUCUUAAGUAGACCUAAAAAUAGUGGCCUAACGACAGAGGAGCUGAUCAUACCGAACGACCUGGUGGGGAUCAUCAUCGGGAAAAGUGGUAACAAGAUUAAUGAGAUUAGGCAAAACUCCGGGGCCCAGAUAAAGAUUAUCGAGUGUGAGGACGGCUCGGACAACCGUCGUUUCGUCAUCACCGGGCCCAGAGGUAACGUUCAGUCCGCCAUCUAUCUCAUACAGAAUGCUAAAAAUAGAAGACGGGCCCUGGCCAAUAAGCAACAGCAUCAUGAUUAGAAAGGAAAGUGUUGAAGACCUCUAUCUCAUCGUCGUCGUCG